CAUGCUGAUAUUUUGGGUGUAACAGACUCUUCUUGAGUUUCCGUUUCUUAGAAACUUCAAUGCAAUAAAAACAUGAGGGUGUGGAACCUUCAAAACCUGCUCCUCGCCCUGUGCAUUUGUGUGAGGAGUGCAGCAGGGUUGAUCCGUGUGUCUGGAUAUGAAGGGGGAGAAGUGCAAGUUUCCUGUCCCUAUAGCGAGGGUUAUGAGUCUUAUGAGAAGUACCUGUGCAAGAAGAACUGUGGCAACGACGAUGUUCUUAUUAAGACGACAGAACCAAAUAAGAACAAAUACUCCAUCCACGACGACAAUCAGAAACGAGUCUUCACAGCGACUAUCUCUGAUCUGAGUCGGACAGACGCUGGGAGAUACUGGUGUGGGGUGACCAGAAACGGAAAGGACAUCUACACUGACGUAAGUCUGGAAGUAGGACACGACACCUGCUGUGCCCAAUCCACCAAAGUCCAAAGUUAUGAGGAGAGUUCAGUGUCCAUCAGUUGUCAGUAUGAGUCUGAGGACCAGAACCUGAAGUACGUCUGCAGAGGAAACCAGACCUCCACAUGUCUGGAGAAGGCAAUACUCACAUCUGACAACAAACAAACCGGACAGUUCAGACUUACUGAUGACAAGGUGUCGAAAAGAUUCACAGUUACCAUUACCGGUCUGACCCAAAACCAUGCUGGGUCGUACCUUUGUGGUGUCCAUGGAAAUACUGGCCUGGAUGUUUUCUCUGCUUUUGAGCUAGAAGUCAAAGAGUGGUGCUGUGUGAGGUCAAGCAAACUCAGCGGCAUUGUGGGACGCCCAGUAACGAUGCAGUGCCCCUACCCGCCACAACACGGGGAUAACAGGAAGUUCCUCUGUAAGGGAGACCACCGCAACAACUGCACAGACAUGGUGACAAGGAGAAGCAGGUUCACACUGCAAGAUGAUGUUUCUUCCAGCUCUUUCUUGGUGAUAAUCACAGAGUUGGAAGCAGGGGAUGCUGGGACAUACUGGUGUGGUUCAGACUCACAGUGGACUGUUGGAAACUACACCAGGAUUCAACUGUCAGCAUUCUUUCCACAGCAAACCAGCACUGUGGUGGAUACGGUCGGAUCACAAUCAACACUUAUCCCUGGAAAACUGGUCAAUGCACAUUCUAACGCUGUGGUUUUCAUUGUGCCGGCUGUGCUGCUCACACUGACAUUUGCCCUGGUCAUAGUGUAUAAAUACAGAUGUAACAAAGUGCGCGGAGCCGGAGCCAACAUGAACAGAAACGUAAUCAAGGCAACCGAAACGGAGGAAGUGAUGGCUGGAGCAGAUAUUUAUGAAAACCAAGACAAAGCUUGCUCACAGCAGGGGACCUCCAAACCGCAGAGCGCCGGUCAACACUAUGAUGAUGUAGGUGACGACCAACAAGAGUCUAUAUACCAAAACUUCACAACAACAGAUGAUAUCUACUGCAAUGAAAUGUACAAUAAAGCCAAUAGAAGAUGAACAGCGUGCACACCUGUGGUCAAA